UUUGCUCUGUGUCAGGCAGCUACUGAAGCUGACACCCAGAGGGUUAAAUCCAGUUGCAGAAGCUACUGCCCGCCCCCCGCCCAGUCCCCCUUUUCACAGUAGGCUGGCAGCUGUCCUAACUGCCUACUGAAGCCAAAUGCUUGAGGAGAGAGAAAGGAACCAGCCAUGAAUCCCUUCCAGAAAAAUGAGCCCAUGGAAAUUCUUUUUUCACCUGUCUGUACCGAAGGGGUACCACCUCAAAACCCCAGCCCUCCAAAGAAGCCACCUCCGAAAAUCUGUGGCUCCAACUAUCCACUGAGCAUUGCCUUCAUCGUGGUGAAUGAAUUCUGCGAGCGCUUUUCUUAUUAUGGCAUGAAAGCUGUGCUUACCCUGUAUUUCCUGUAUUUUCUGCACUGGAAUGAAGACACCUCUACAUCAGUAUACCAUGCCUUCAGCAGCCUCUGUUAUUUCACUCCUAUCCUGGGAGCAGCUAUUGCUGACUCAUUGUUGGGAAAAUUCAAGACAAUCAUUUAUCUCUCCUUGGUGUAUGUGCUUGGCCAUGUGAUCAAGUCCUUGGGUGCCUUACCAAUACUGGGGGGACAAGUGAUACACACAGUCCUAUCAUUGGUCGGCCUAAGUCUGAUAGCUUUGGGGACAGGAGGUAUCAAACCCUGUGUGGCAGCUUUUGGUGGAGACCAAUUUGAAGAAAAACAUGCAGAGGAACGGACUAGAUACUUCUCAGUCUUCUACCUCGCCAUCAAUGCAGGGAGCUUGAUUUCUACAUUUAUCACACCCAUGCUGAGAGGAGAUGUUCAGUGUUUUGGGGAAGACUGCUAUGCAUUGGCUUUUGGCGUUCCAGGAUUGCUAAUGGUGAUAGCACUUGUUGUGUUUGCAAUGGGAAGCAAAAUGUACAAAAAAACACCUCCUCAAGGAAACAUAGUGGCUCAAGUUGUCAGAUGUAUCUGGUUUGCUAUUUUCAACCGUUUUAAGAACCGUUCUUCAGACAUUCCAAAGCGACAGCACUGGCUGGACUGGGCAGCUGAGAGAUACCCAAAGCAGCUCAUUAUGGAUGUGAAGGCACUGACCAGGGUACUGUUCCUUUAUAUCCCAUUACCCAUGUUCUGGGCUCUUAUGGAUCAGCAGGGCUCACGGUGGACUUUGCAGGCCACCAGGAUGAAUGGGAAUUUGGGUUUUUUUGUGCUUCAACCCGACCAAAUGCAGGUAAUAAAUCCCUUUCUGGUACUUAUCUUCAUCCCGUUGUUUGACCUUGUCAUUUACCGUCUGGUCUCCAAGUGUGGAAUUAACUUCUCCUCACUUAGGAAAAUGGCUGUUGGUAUGAUCCUAGCAUGCCUGGCAUUUGCAGCUGCGGCAGCUGUAGAGAUAAAAAUAAAUGGAAUGGCCCCACCCCAGCCAGGUCCCCAAGAAGUUUUUCUGCAAGUCUUGAAUCUGGCAGAUGAUGAGGUGAAGGUGAUAGUGCUGGGAAAUGAAAACAAUUCUCUGCUGGUAGAGUCCAUUAAAUCCUUUCAGAAAACUCCACACUAUUCCAAACUGCACUUAAAAACAAAAAGCCAGGAUUUACACUUCCACCUGAAAUAUCAAAAUUUGUCUGUGUACACUGAGCAUUCUGUGGAGGAGAAGAACUGGUACAGUCUGAUCAUUCGUGAGGAUGGAAAAAGUAUCUCCAGCAUAAUGGUAAAGGAUGUAGAAAACAGAACAACCAAUGGGAUGACAACCAUAAGGUUUGUUAACACUUUGCAUAAAGGUGUGAACAUCUCUCUGGGUACAGAUAUCUCCUUCAAUGUUGGUGAAGACUAUGUUGUGUCUGCUUACAGAAAUGUGCAAAGAGGAGAAUACCCUGCAGUGCAUUUUAGAACAGAAGAUGAAGACUUUUUCCUGAAUUUGGGUCUACUAGACUUCGGUGCAGCAUAUCUGUUCAUUAUUACUAAGGCUCCCUCUAGCAUGAAAUCUGUACUCCAGGCAGCCUGGUUAUUGACAGUUGCAGUUGGCAACAUCAUCGUGCUUGUCGUGGCGCAGUUCAGUGGCCUGGUACAGUGGGCUGAAUUCAUUUUGUUUUCCUGCGUCCUGCUGGUGGUCUGCCUGAUCUUUUCCAUCAUGGGCUACUACUAUGUUCCUGUAAGGCCGGAAGAUAUUCAGGGUCCAGAAGAUAAGCAGAUUCUCCAUAUCCAAGGGAACAUGAUCAACCUAGAGACCAAGAAGACAAAGCUGUAAUGACUCCCUGGACUUUGCCAUGAUCAUAAUUCCUGGCCCUGAUCUCAGCCAUUACCUAUCUUCAACCAUUUUUUUCUCCUAUAGGGUUAAGUGAGAGAGGUAGCAUCAUAUCUGAGCUGAUUUCCUCCAGCUUUCUCCUAUGAUAGAGUCAAUUCUAGGACUGGGCUUUCCAGUACAUCUUUAAACAAGGCUCCUGAAACUCUGUCUUCCCACCUAUCAGUGAAUGCAGUAAAUGUAGUAUAGUGUUGCUAAAACUGGCCUGGUGUCUCCAAGUAGCCAUGAAAAUACAAAUGUAUAAUAGAGUUCAGUCUCUGGGUUUGCAGAGUUAUAUGGGAAUUCCUUUACAGGUUCUGCUAUUUAGAACUGUUGACUCCACUUUUCAAGGUGCUGAAUUAGAGGCAAAAUCGCAGAAUUACAGAGAAGUGGUAUUUCAA